GGCUUUUUCCGCAUUUAGCCUGAAAUUCACUUUUCCUCUGCUCGCUCGAGGAAGGAGCAGGAGGUCCGGAGAACUUUCAGUCCUUCACAGACUGCCCCCCCCUCUCCCUCUCUCUCUCCCUCUCUCUCUCUGGGAGGGAAGUCUGUAGUUCUGUAGUUUUUACGGAGGCGCUGGGGGAACUCCACAGUGCGCGCGCCCUCCUCGGACUGGCUCCAUGUCAGUUGGCCGAGAACAAAAGCCUCGAGAGGAGCAUCCAGGAACCGGGAAGAUCAGAGGCUCCACAGCAGAGUAACCAGGUGCCGGACACCAAACCUGAGUAACAGUUUUAAUCACAGUCUUUUCCUGGAGGUUCACCUUUCUGCGGCCAGACUGACCCCAAGGAUAAAGAGGGAGCUCUACCUUCACCCAUCCCUCUGUUCUUCAGGCUUUCUGCCUCUUUUCACACUCAAUGUGCUCAGGUAACCAUGGCGAUGCGUGGUCACUCCUCAGGUUCACUGCUGAGUAACCACACCAAGGAGAGAGUAACCAUGGCCAAGGUCACCCUGGAGAACUUCUACAGCAACCUCAUCACCCAGCAUGAGGAGAGGGAGAUGAGGCAGCAGAAGCUGGAGAAGGUGAUGGAAGAGGAGGGUCUUCCUGAUGAGGAGAAGCGGGUGAGGCGUUCUCAGCAUGCCCGUAAGGAGACAGAGUUUUUGCGGCUGAAGAGGACGAGACUCGGGCUGGACGACUUUGAGAGUCUGAAGGUCAUCGGUCGAGGAGCGUUCGGAGAGGUGCGUCUGGUACAGAAGAAGGACACGGGUCACGUUUACGCCAUGAAGAUCCUGCGUAAGGCAGACAUGCUGGAGAAAGAGCAGGUUGGUCAUAUCCGUGCUGAGAGAGACAUUCUGGUGCAGGCAGACAGUCUGUGGGUGGUGAAGAUGUUCUACAGUUUCCAGGAUAAACAGAACCUGUACCUGCUGAUGGAGUUCCUGCCUGGAGGAGAUAUGAUGACCCUGCUGAUGAAGAAAGACACCCUGUCGGAGGAGGAGGCCCAGUUCUACGUGGCGGAAACGGUGCUGGCCAUCGACUCCAUCCACCAGCUGGGCUUCAUUCACAGAGACAUCAAACCAGACAACCUGCUGCUGGACUCGAAGGGUCAUGUGAAGCUGAGUGAUUUCGGCCUGUGUACCGGUCUGAAGAAAGCUCAUCGCACUGAGUUCUACAGGAACCUCAGCCACAGCCUGUCCAGCGACUUCACCUCCCAAAACAUGAACUCUAAGAGGAAAGCAGAGACGUGGAAGAGGAACAGGAGGCAGCUGGCCUUCUCCACCGUGGGGACUCCGGACUACAUCGCCCCAGAGGUGUUCAUGCAGACUGGAUACAACAAGCUGUGUGAUUGGUGGAGUCUGGGGGUCAUUAUGUAUGAGAUGCUGAUCGGUUAUCCUCCGUUCUGCUCCGAGACUCCUCAGGAGACGUAUAAAAAAGUCAUGAACUGGAAAGAGACGCUAAUCUUCCCGCCUGAGGUUCCGAUCUCUGAUAGAGCAAAACACCUCAUCCUCAGGUUCUGCUGUGAAGCGGACCAUCGUAUUGGAGCUGCCGGUGUAGAGGAGAUAAAGAGGAACCUAUUCUUCGAGGGAGUCGAUUACGACCAUAUAAGGGAGAGACCAGCAGCAAUCCCCAUUGAGAUCAAAAGCAUUGACGACACCUCAAACUUUGACGAGUUUCCUGAGUCAGACAUUCUGCAGCCGACCGCUGUAGUCAGUACUCACGUGGAUGCGGACUAUAAGAAUAAAGACUGGGUGUUCAUAAAUUACACCUACAAACGCUUUGAGGGUCUUACAGCACGGGGGGCCAUUCCAUCAUACAUGAAAGGAGGAAAAAGAUGAGUGCAGCGCCCCCUACCUUCAUCCUGCUCCACACGCCCUCAAUAGGACCGCCAUUACAUUACAGUCAUGUCAUACAUGCACAGAACUGUGCAAAGGUCAGAGACCCCCAAACUUCAUUUACUUCAUUACCAGUCAGAACUCAAACCUGACUGAUUUUUCAGGAGAUCAGAUAUAAGAUAAUCCAUGUACAUUAGGAAGAAGAGUCAAAAACAAGUGUGAAAAACAGGAGCUUCUUUUGAAAGAUCCAGACAUCCUAACAGAUCUGACAAAGAAACAUAAUUAACAGCUGUUCCAACGGGAAAUGAAAUAAAUGUAAGGGGUCCUGAUGUUUCCGCAGCACUGUACCUACAACACAACUGGAUGUAUAUUCAGCUGUUGAACUGUAAUACACACGUGUGAUACACGUCAACUGGACACAGCCGUCCUGCAUGGCUGUACCGUCCACUCUGAAGGAAAACUCCAGAGUUUCUCAGCCUGACCUCUUUCUGCUGUAACUGUAAUGGACAGUUAAUUACCGCAGACAGUGAUUUCAACACGUUCCCUCAACUUAGAAAAGAACAGAAAACCUGCUGACUCUAAAUUCACUUAUUGUAGAAGUCAAUGGGCAAAAUUAACAUUUAUGCAAAACAUAUUUCCCAAGAAAGCUUGAAUUUCAGUAAUUCUUCAGAAUUUCAUCCUAAUUCAAUCUUUAAACAACUUCAUUCAGAGCGGUUUGGUGUGGAACACUGUGUUCUAGAUAAACUUACCGAGUCAGAACCGUGGUGAUGGGAACCAGACGUCCCCCUCUAAAAGCUCCUCACAGUGGUGGUGAU